GUGCCAUCUCAUUCGUCUUCUCUUUCCUCUCGUCGACGGACUCUGCUCAUCCUCUUCACUGAUCUUCUCUUCAACUUGUACUUCUUCUCCCUCUGGCCUCUUUCUCUCCAUUAAUUUCUCUCAAACAAGCUUCUUCGAUCUUCACCGUGUUGGAUGGCACAUUCUCUUAGCUACAUCUCCACCAACUUGAACAGUCUAGUCCUUGUUCAUCAUCAAUGGCAUAGCUUUGGAACGUUGGUCUCGCCAUCGAGGAGAUUCGCAAGAAGCAUUAGAGCUGUGCAAGAAACCGAAGGUCCAAGAAGAUUAAUCGAUAUCAUAAGAACGGUUCCUGAAAUCUCAAGAAAUUACUUCAAGAAGCCUUCAAGAAGAACACUUUUCGGAGGGAUCUCAUUGUUAGGUGGGUUCUACGUUGCGCAGACUAUCUCUCUCUCCUUUGGAGCUUUGGGUGUGAACGAUGUUAUUGCUGCGGUUUUAUGCGUUCUUUUAACAGAGUAUGUGACGAGAUUCUAUUAUAGCCGCACCACGGUGACAUUUCCGCUCGCUCUGCUUAAUAAUUUCAAGAUGGGUUUCACUUAUGGUCUCUUCAUUGAUGCCUUCAAACUGGCUAGCUAGUAUGUUUGUGUUUGACUGUUUGGUUUCACGACCUUUAUAGUGUUUCGAGUUUCUUUGGAGGUUUCCAUGAGAAUAGCUAGAUUCAGGGGUUUAUCGACAUCUAUUGGAUGAUAGUAUGAUUUAUGAGUCUCAAAUGAUAUGAGAUAUUCGAGACAAAUGUAUACCAUAAGCUCAGGAAGAAUGU